AUGGAUUAAGAUGUAUUUAAUUUCUAAACACUUGAAUCUAUAUUCAAUAGAAUUGGAGCUUCUAAUUGUAAAUUUUUAACAUUUAUAAUAGAUUAGUAACUGGCACUUUUUGAUAAAAGGCUUUUUCUUGAUACAUAAUCAUCUGACAUUUUAUAUUAAGAGAAAGAUUAUUUAUAUCAUCUUGUUACUAAAAAAAAGAAUUUAGAAAUCAAUCAAUUAUAAAAACCAGCAAUCCCUAUACAAUUAGAAUUCACAAAAUUUAAAUAAUUAAAUGAUUACUUAUAACCUACUGCAUGGUCUUUAGAAAUAAUUGGUCCAAGUUUAAGUUUUAAAUCUCAAAUAUUAAGAGAUAUGGCUGAAACAAUGUCUUAAAAAAAUAUAUAAAUUCUUUAUGUAAGUAUUCAUGAAGAGUAUUCAAACUCAAAAUUUAAAGUACUUAAAAUGAAAUAACCAAAAGAAUUAUUUAUUUUACUUUCUAUUUUGAUAGAAAGUUAAGAAUAGCGUAUUUAAUCAUCUAUUACUUUAGAUUAUAAUAUAAUAAUAAUUGAUGGAUUAAGUUCUCUAUUAUAUUAAACAGCCUAAAUGAAUGUGAUCGAAAAUCAAUUAUAUGAAAUUUAAUAACUUUUAGCUUUACUAAAAGAAAAAAAAGGUGUAUAAGUUGUCAUAUCAUCAAUUGCAAAAAUGAGAGAAAAUUACACCAGCUAUAAUUAAAACUCAGAUUGUAAUAUUCGAUUUUAUGAUUUUUAGAAUUUAUCAUUUAAGAUAAAAUAUUUUAAAAAACAAUUUUAAAUAGUCCUUGGUAAUGCAUUUGGUAAGCCUAACUAAGUAUUUAGAGAUUUGUUGAAACUAAAUAGGAUUACAAUGAAAAUGCAAAUAAAAAUACUCUGAAAUUAUAAUAUUUUUGCUUUUUUGAUGGUAUCAUAAAACCAGAGAUUGGGAUUCAAAUUUGA